AUGCCCCCAAUUCCUCCUCUGCCCCCGACGGGCUCCCAUCCCCACGCGUGCGCCUGCCUCCUGCUGCCGUCCGCACGCCGCACCCGCCCAGGUGCACGCGCCGUCCCGUUGAGUAGCCGGUCGAGAGCCCAUGCGCGCCCCCAGGCCCAGCAGCUCGCCUUCACCCCCCACGACGAACGUGGCCCGCCCCGAAAUAGGCGUGCCCGCGGCGCCCAGCCUGCCGCCUCGGUGUCGGCACGAGGGAAAGAGAAAGACGAUCCGGUGUCAAUGUCGAUGUCGAUGUCGAUGACAGACCGCGCUCCGCCUGCGAACGUGCCUGGCCCUGGGGCUCCGGACGCCGCGGACCGCCUGCGUGCCCGCCCGACACCAUCACCGCACGCCCGCCAAGCCCGCGCUCUCGCACCCACAGCGGCUUCGGGCGAAAAAAAAACAUCGGUCGGACACACACGCCACCGAUGGGGGGGAGGGGGUAUCACGGCGCGCCGCGCGGACGGCACCACAAGUUAUCUAUUCAUGGGGGGCUUGAAGCGCGAAGCCCUUCGCGAGAUGGAUGGACACACUACGGACCGAAACACGGACGACAGACGCGCGACCGGCAUGCACGACGACGACGACGCACGGCACAUGUACACGGGCACCGCCGCGGGCACCGCAUGGCGAAGGGGAAGGGGCAUUACGGCUAUACGGGAGGAAGAGGAAGGAAGAGACUCGACAGACUGCAAGAUACGCGAGAGGAGAAAACACACAAGGUAA